UCACCUAACCAAAGGCUUUUAAACUUUCUCAUGACUAUCUAAUUAAACCACUUACUAAUCAAUCCUAAAUUUUCUUUGACAGGCAAGUCUAGUUUACAUUCACAAACUUCCUUUUACCCAAAUAUUUUGUUACUUAGUCAAAAAAAAAAAAGUUAUCAAAAAAAUGAGUAUAUAGUCCUUCUGUACUUGUAAAACUGCACAACAUCCCCAAUUUUGCAACUCCAAAUGUCCACUGCACUCUCCAAAAAAAACCCCUUUCCCUCCAAAUCGAAAUUUCAUCAAUUCCCACCAAAAGUUUCGAAAUUUGCUUGGUUUAAUCGCAAAAACCUUCAAUUCCCAGAAAAGUUUCAAGUACUAGGCGAUUAAUUCUUGCAUCUUGCACCGCUAGUUUCUCACUCUUAUUCUACUGAAGGUGCCAUGGAAGGAAAUAUAGUAGCGGUUGUAGAUCAAAAGAAUGGACUUGUUGAGUUUGAUAGUAGUAAUAGAAACAAGAAGAGGUCAGUGGCCUGGGAUCAUUUUGAGAAGUUACCUACUGAAAGCAAGAACGAAGGUAAAGCAAAAUGCAUACAUUGCAAUGGUGUUUUUAGUGCUACCCCUAGGAGUGGAACGUCUCAUUUAAAGCGUCACGUGGAAAGGUGUGCCAAGCGUGCAGCAAUUGAUGUGCAACCUGUCUCAAUGGACUUUGGAUUCAGCGAGUUUGAAGGUAGUGGAUCUAGUGUUAAGCUUGGGAAAAGGGUCUCAAAGGUUUGGCAUGAGUAUGAUUUAUUUCCAUCUCCUAAUAUGAAUGAUGCAAAAGCCAAGUGCAAGCACUGUAAGAUGGUUCUCUCCGCAGCUUCCAAAAAUGGGACAUCUCACCUAAAGCGUCAUUUAGACAAGUGUCCAAGGCGUGUGACUUUGACUGGUAACAUAGAACAAUACUUCCUUUCAAAUGAGAAGCUAUUAGAAGGAAACAAUUUAGAUAAAAUCCCCAAAGAUGAACCUAUAACUGGUAAAUUGAAACGCCUAUCAACAAUUGGCGACAAUUUGGCUGAAGGAAGCAAAUCAACAGAAAAUAGCCAGGUUGAUCAGGAUGAGCUGCAAAGAUAUAUAUCAGUCUGCAUAAUCAAAGGUGCUCAUCCAUUUAGCUUUGUGGAAGAGAGAGGGUUUAGGUCUAUGAUGUCUAAAGCAUGUCCACAAUUUAAGCCAUUCAGCCGGGCGAUUGUAAGAAGAGAAAUGUUUUCUAUGUAUAUGAGGGAAAGGGACAACGUAAAAGAAAUGUUAGCAAAGGCUCCAGGCCGCAUAUGUUUGACAGUUGGUAAUUGGAAAGCAAGAGAUACAAAAGAUGAGUAUAUAUGUGUAACUACACAUUUCAUUGAUGAGCAUUGGAAGUUGCUGAAGAGGGUUUUGUGUUUUAAAGCUUUAGCACCCCCGUAUGAUGGAACUUACAUUGCAGAUGAAUUGGCAUGUUUAUCAUCUCAAUAUAACAUUGAAUGUAAGACCUUCACCAUCACAGUGGAUGAAGCUUCUUAUGACGAGUCAACAGUUUCUUCUAUUAAAAGAGGUCUUUUUACGAAGAAUUCUCCUGCUAGUGGUGGUUCCUUUUUCCAAGUUAAUUGUUAUGCUCAUAUAUUGAACUUUCUUGCACAAUCUGCCUUAAAGUUGGUUGAUGAUAUUAUUGAUAGGGUCCGUGAGUUGGUUAAAUAUGUCAACAAAUCACCGCUUCAGAGGAAGAAGUUCUUUGAUCUUGCUGAGAGGAUGUUUGAAUUGCAAGCGAGGAAAAGGUUGAGCCUUGAUGUGAUGCUAAGAUGGAAUUCUACAUAUAAGUUAAUUGACCGCACCCUUUAUUAUAAGAGUGUAUUCAAGCAUCUUUUGGACUCAAAGCAAGAGCUAAGCAACUUGGCUCUUUCUAAAGAAGAGUGGCAAAAGUUGAGCAUUAUUCACAAAUUCCUAAGGGUUCUUUAUGAUGUAACUCGCUUGUUUUCAGGCACCAAUGGUCCUACAUCAAAUUUGUUUAUAAAGGGGAUGUUGAGGGUUCAUUGCCGUAUGAUGGAUAUAGUAAAAGGUCCAAACCUAUUCUUAGCUCAUGCUGUUCAAGCUAUGCAAGCUAAAUUCGAUGACUUCUGGUGCGAGAAUAGCUUGAUUUUAUCUUGUGCUGCAAUCUUAGAUCCACGGUACAAGGUAAAAUUUGUGGAAUAUUGUUAUAUGAAACUUUUUGGCCCAGCAAAUUUCGAGGACCGUGUUAGUAAAGUUGUAAGCACUCUCUACUGUUUGUUUGCUGAGUAUAAGCAGCAAUCUAUGCGUUUUUCCUCUACAGCUGUGGGGUCUUCUAGCAUGAAUACAAACUUUGUUGGUGUAGAUGACGAGGGAGACAUGUUUGGAGACUAUGAUCAAUUUCUGAGCUCUACAUCAAGAUCUCAUGGGAACAAGUCUGAGUUGGAUCUUUACUUGGAAGAGCCAAGUUAUGAAUUAAAUUCUGACUUAGAUGUUCUGGAGUUCUGGAGAAGAAGCUCAAUGAGGUAUCCCAAUCUCUCGUUUAUGGCACGUGACAUUCUAUCUAUACCUGUUUUUACUGUUAAUUCCAAGGAGGCAUUUAGCUAUGGGAGUAAAACCUUGUCUUCUGUUCAAAGUUCCGUUAUGCCCGAGACACUUCAAGCUUUAUUAUGUCUUCAAAAUUGGCUAGGUGCAGAAAAUAAUACCGAUGACCAAACUGUUACAGCUGAGGAUCCUAGUGGGUCCAGUGAAGAUGCUGAAUAUGAUGAUGAUGAUGAUGAUAGUGUACUUACUGAUUCUUUUUAGGUUUUGAGGUAGUCUUGAUGAUCAAGGAUCAUUGUUGCUUAUUUAGAAUUGCUCUUUCUCCCUGUCUUCUUGUAGUUGAGUAGCCAUUUGUGCAGUAUGCAGUCACAUUUUUUAGGUGCAAGGCUCUUCCUUUUCACUCUGGAACAAUUGUUCUCUGAUGUAUAUUCUUCUUCUUGCUACUAUCUAUGCAAGGUGUUAGAACUUUGAGCUUGUGAAACUAUUUGCUAUUGUUGUAGUCAGAAAUUAGCAUUUUUUUUAUUAGUUUUAUUAGUUGUCUAUGAAAUGGUUAGAUGAUGUUCUACAUUGGUUAUAAUACACACCUGGUUCUGAGGUAAUAAUAUAAUUUGUUGCAUUUCACAA